AUGAUAGUUUGGGUGCAGUUACCAGCUCUGAAGGUUCAUUUUUACCACAAAGAGGUGCUGACGAUGCUCGGAAACCUCAUUGGACGAACCAUCAGACUCAAUUACCAUACUCUCAAUCUUCAUCGUGCAAAGUUUGCUAGGCUGGCUGUGGAAGUGGAUUUAACCAAGCAUCUUGUGCCUCGGAUCUGGUUGGAUGACGCCUGGCAGAAAGUGGAAUACGAAAACCUACCGGAAGUUUGUUUCGAUUGCAGGAGAAUUGCCCAUUCAUCAGAACUCUGUCCUCUGAACAAGACGGCGGCACCUCAGACGGUUCGUGCUAUCACCGGCAGUGUGAUCCAGCCAGGUGCGGCGGAGCAGACGGUGGAGGAACCCAACCCAAGUUUUGGGCCCUAG